AUGAUGAUACAAGAAUUAUUACGUGAUCCACUAUUAACUCGUUUCCGUGUAAUAAUGUUAGACGAAGUUCAUGAAAGGUCUCUACAAACUGAUAUUCUUUUGGGACUUAUUAAAAAAGUGUUACGAAAACGACCAUAUGAUUUAAGAGUGAUCAUUUCUUCGGCUACUAUGGAGGCUGAAAAAUUUGUAGAAUAUUUUUCAAAAAUGAAACCACCAGAAAGUGAAGACAAUAAACAAACACUAAAGUUAACUCCAGUAUCUCAUUUAAGUGUUGAAGGACGUCAAUAUCCUGUUUCUGUAUUUUGUUCCAUUGAUCCUGUUCCGUGUUAUUUAACUGCAGCAAAAGAAACAGUUUUUCGAAUACAUGAAACUAAACCUUUAGGAGGUGAUAUACUUAUCUUUGUCACAGUUGAAAAUGAAGUGUCUCAAUUAGUCGGUGACCUAAUAGCUAAAUAUCGAAAUAGAAAAGAACGUUUUCUUAAUACUCAACAACAAAAUUCAAAGUUAAAAACAUCAUCUACAGCUUAUCCACCAUUACGUUGUCUACAACUGCAUGGUUCUCUUCCCCAACACGAACAACUGCGUAUCUUUGAGCGACCAACUAGAGCUUGUCCUCUGGUGACUAUACCUACAUUACAAGUGUCAGCACGACAACGUGCUGGGCGUGCAGGACGUACAAGAACAGGACAGGUCUAUCGGUUCUAUACAGAAGAGUCAUUUCAUAAACUCUUACCACGUUUCACACAACCAGAGUCUUUACGUGUUGAACUGUCCUGUGCAUUGUUACGCCUAAAAACUCUUGGUAUUGAUCGGUUGGCUCAGUUUGACUGGCUUGAUCCACCGCCUCCAUCACACGUUGGUCAGUCGGUAGAACGACUUGUCGCUCUGGGUGCUCUUGAUGCAAAUUCUGGUCAUCUUACAAUUCCUCAUGGUUUGAAGUUGGCUGAAGUGUCUACAACAUGCGGUUUAGAUCAACCGUCAGCAGCUGCUGCAUUAUUAGGUGCAUGUGAUGAAGGAUGCUCUCAAGAGGUUGCUGCUAUUGUUUCAUUAAUGCAAAUCCAAAGAGUAUUUACUGUCUCCGAUUACAAACGCACUGGUGACCGUAUUCGUAGACAGACAUUUGGAUGUCAUCAAGGGGAUCAUUUAACAGAGUUGAAUGCAUUUGUUGCUUAUGAACAACAGUCAAAAGUAUUGUCAAAGUCAGAACUUUGUACAUGGUGUCGUGAAGUUGGUUUAAAUGAACGUGGUUUGGCACAUGCUAUUAUAUUACGUGAUCGAAUUGCUGAACCUGAAGGCAAUCCUAAUCCAAUACUUCGAUCUCUUGUAAGAGGUUUCUUUCAUCAGGCUGCUCGUCUAGGUCCAUCUGGAUCGCAUUAUCUGACUAUCAGAGGAGAUCAUCAAUUACGUUUACAUCCAAAUUGUGUCUUAUACUCAUCUACAUCGCGUUGGCCGGCGUAUAUACUGUUUACAAAUGUUUUUCUUACACCCAAUUUAGAUGAUGGUAACAAUUCUGGAAAAAUUGGAAAUUUUGAUAAAAAUGAUCCACCUAGCACAUGUGUCAGUGGUGUUAGUGUUAUACAGCCUGAUUGGUUAUUAGAAUUAGCUCCGCAUUAUUAUCAAUUCGGUACAGACAGAGAACACUUGGAGCAUGCUAUACGAAGUAAUAAAUGA